AUGGCAAAGCAAGUGAAGAAGCGGCCACUAAGAAGACAUAAAAGAGUGUUCAAACACAUUAAGUCUUUUGUUCUGCUGCCGUUCACGACUCUUUCUCGCUUUCUGAAGAAGCGAAAGGCCAAACGAGAACUGGCCAAGCGCAACAAGUCAAACCAGACUUCGGAUGCUGAGACAGUUCAGCCAAGCUCCAAAAAGGUCACGUUUUCCCCAACUGUACAUGUGCACCUGUUUUACGUUAAAGCACCAAAGACGCCGCUUAUCUCUCUCAAGAAGCUCGGGAGUUCAUUUGUUCUGAGACCCGACGAGGCAAGUUUAGGCAAGGAGAGAAAGAAGAAAGACCCACUGCUCGACAAAGUCCUGGCCGGCCUUCAAAAGAAGCAGACCUUAGCUGACUUACGAGCCCUAGUUUUCCAGCAAGAAAAGCCCUCUAAGCCAACACUUCUAGAGCGACAACGCCCCCAGAGCAAAAUACUUAGCAUUCUGGAUGGGUACAGCGAGGCCUCCGUUUCUGAUACACCGGCCAGGGCGAUGGCAGAGAGUGCCUUUUCGGAAACGGAGCCCACAGAGGACCGCUCACAUUCUGAGAUAACCGAGCAUUCCAGUGGGACCCAAGCCUCCCACUCUUCCGAAGAGUUAGAAGAAUCCGUCAAUGAAAGCAAUGAUAGCCAGCUCAGCAGCAAAAGCACUCCUCCCUACCAAGCCAGGAAAAGCGAGAAGAAGAAGAGCACCAAGAAGCCGGAUAAACAUUCAAAACCACAGCCAACCCGAAAGAACGCAACAAAGAACAAACGAACUUUCUCUCGAAUGAAGAAGUACGCCGAGUCCCUAGACGAUCUAUCUUCAGUUAGCAGCAAAAUCUAUGAUAUUCUCAAAAAACACGGCUCAGAAGCCUCAUCCCCUACUUAA